AUGGUCGAUAAUACAACCACUCUUACACCAACUACAUCGGUUACUACUUUUUUGAAUAAUACAAGUUUUACAAUAACAACAGCAGCCUUAACAUCAAUUAUUUCAGCAAAUAAAAGUUCAUUUUAUGAAAAUUGUUUACAAAAAUAUUCUGCAUCAACAUGUAAAUUAGCUGAAUUUAUUCGUGUAUUAGCUUAUCUUCUUUUGGGUGUAUCGUUUCUUCCACAAAUAAUUCACUUGUUUAAUCAUGGUUCAAGAUAUAUCUCUGGUAUCAGUUAUAUGUGGAUAAUAAUACGUGUACUUGGUUUAGCUUCAUUAAUGGUUGCACAUGCAUUCAAUUGGUCAUUUAUAUUUGAAUUAGUUGCUAUGGUUUCAACAAUAGCUAUAUUUAUACAAAUUUUUAUGUAUGCCGAUAAUCUUCAUAGACAACAAAAAAUUAUAUUACUAGCUAGUAGUUUACUUACAUGGAUUAUUGGUGGUGGUAUUAUAUUAUUAUUAAGAAAAUAUGAAGAUUUUUUAAUUAUGACUGGUUAUUUAUUACUUUCAGUGCAUAUGUUACCUCAAAUUUUACUUAAUUCAUUACUACGAACAGCAAAAGCUUUAUCAAAAUUUUCAAUAUUAUUUUUGGCAAUGAGUGAUACACUUUUAUUUGCUAGUUUUUACACAGCUCAUGAACGCUAUUUUUAUUUAGUUACAUCUUAUUAUGGUUUUUCAUUUUUCUUGUUUAUUUAUCUUCAAAGUAUAGUUUAUGCCGAUUCGCAUAUUCAUUUAAUAUCUCGUUCGGCACAUACUGUUCUUACACCAGGUGUUGAUAUAUUUACUGGACUUGAUGCUAAUGGUGCACGUAGUUCAGGACAAGAUCCACAAAUGUUUUCAAUUGAUGAUUUAGAACCAGCUGAUGGUACAGAUGUUGUUUAUCAACCAGUUACAUCAAACAAACCAUCACAAUCGAUUGCUGAACAAACUCCGAUGAAGCGUGUUGUUUGGUAUGCAACAUUAGGAUCAAUUGCUGGUAUUGAAGUAGUUUUAACAAUAAUGUUGGUUAUGAGAGCUUGGUCUCCAUGGAUUAUAUUUGUACCUAUUUCUAUUCCUGCUUUAGUCGGUGUAUUCUUUUUAUUACGUACAAAAUUAAAUGUUCUACAAAUAGAACAUUUGAGAAAAAUUCUGUAA